AUGCAAGAUGCGACUAUGGAAAAACUAAAAUCUGAUGCACUUCAACAAGUUUGGUCACCAUCGGAUCUGGAUCCAGAUGUAUUAGAAGCUGAAAUAACUAAAAUGUUUUCGUAUUACCAAUCAGAAACGGAACGUCAUAAUGAUAGUAAAAUGUAUUUCAAUGGCAAUGUGGAAGAAAUGAAACAAUCAGCUGCAAAAGGAAGUGGUAGUCUCUCAGGUAGUAUUGGUAAAGGUUUCUUGAAAAUUUUCAGUCUCGGUUUGAGUGGUAGUGGUGAAACAGCAACUACAACUUCGUCAAAAAAUCAUACAAUUACAGAUCAAGUUAUGCCAGAAACUGAUAUACAGAAACAUCUGUCACAGCAUGCAAUGGAAACUGAAUGGCGAGGGAAAAAGUUGAGACCAAAAGAAUUUAAAGUUUACAAAUUAAGCGAUAUCACAGAUCAUUUACAGAUAGCUGUUAUUUCAAAGCAGUUGUCAGUGGAUAAAGAACAAAACGCCAUUGUUCGAAUAAUUAGUACAAUGAAUACACCAUAUUCGAUUCCAACUAAUCAUACGCCUUCACACUUAGUUAUCACCGGUGAAGUUAGGCUCUAUUCUGGUGCAAGUAAACCUCCCUAUCCAUGGCUUCUGUGUGACGGUUCGACUGUGUCACGUGCUGAAUACCAACGUUUGUUUGCCGUCAUUGGUACACAAUACGGAUCUGGCGAUUAUGUAACAACGUUCAAUUUACCAGAUUUUCGUGGACGUGUCCCAAUUGGUGUUGAUCCAUAUGAAUUACGUGUGAAACAGGUGACUGAAACUGGCAUAAGUGGUGGAGCAGCAGUACACGAUUUGACCGUUGACCAAUUGCCAACUCACCAACACACACCAGGUUCAUUAACCAUUAGAGCAGCUGGAAGUCAUACACAUUCAAUUAACGACUCAGGUCAUAACCAUGGAGGCUCUACAAGUAAUGAGAAAAUGGGAGCUGGUGGUUGGGGUAUGAAAACAAGUAAAGGUUACGGGAGUGAUCAAGUAUCGCACGCACAUACUAUACCUAUCGGGAGAACAUAUAUCAGUAUUAACGCUGCAGGUGAUCACAGUCACUCAGUUAGUGGUAAUACUGGCUCAGUUGGUGGCGGCAGCGGUUUCAGUUUGUUGCAACCAUAUCAAUCUAUUAAUUACAUUAUUUAUGCUGAAUGA